CCCCAAGCUCCCUAUCUUUCUUUUUUCACGGUUUUGCAAUUUGCAUUCGAGGAAUUUGCAUAGCCAUUUUGUCAAAAUUCCUGUUAGAAUUUAACACUUUAAACUUAUUUAAUGGUGACUUAUAGCAGCAUUAAGCCAAAUAAAAAAAAUGGAAAAGGAGAAAAAGUAUAACUUCUGUAUUUUUAAGUCAUAAAACUUGAGUAGUUGUGUGAAGAGAUAACUACGGUGCUGUGUUUACGUUGGAGGAAGGACUAUUCAAUUAAUAUGUCUAUGAAUCGACCCUCACCUGCCGCCUCAGUUAGCAGAAAAAUGAUUCGACAAAACUCGACCGCUUCUCAAGCUGUGGCAAGUGGAAACGUGGACCUAACUAGUAUUUUUGAAUGUCCUGUUUGUUUUGAUUACGUUUUACCACCAAUUCUACAAUGCUCUAGUGGCCAUCUUGUAUGUUCCAACUGCCGACCCAAACUACAAUGUUGCCCAACAUGUCGUGGUCCACUUGGCAGCAUUCGCAAUUUGGCUAUGGAGAAGGUAGCUAGUACCAUAAUGUUUCCAUGUCGAUACAAUUCUGCUGGAUGUAGUGCCACCUUACCUUUCUCAGAAAAAGCAGAGCAUGAGGAAUCAUGUGAGUUUCGACCAUACACUUGUCCCUGUCCAGGUGCAUCAUGUAAAUGGCAAGGAGCUUUGGAUGCUGUUAUGCCACAUUUGAUGCAUACACACAAGUCAAUUACAACCCUUCAAGGUGAAGAUAUUGUAUUUCUAGCCACUGAUAUAAACUUACCUGGUGCUGUAGAUUGGGUUAUGAUGCAAUCUUGUUUUGGACAUCACUUCAUGCUUGUUCUAGAGAAACAGGAGAAGUAUGAAGGACAUCAACAAUUUUUUGCUAUAGUACAACUUAUUGGUACCAGAAAACAAUCAGAAAACUUUGUUUAUCGAUUGGAGCUCAAUGGUAACCGUCGUCGUUUGGCUUGGGCAACACCUCGUAGCAUUCAUGAGGGUAUAUCAUCAGCAAUAGCCAAUAGUGAUUGCUUGAUAUUUGAUACAAGUAUGGCACAGCUUUUUGCUGAAAAUGGCAAUUUGGGAAUAAAUGUUACCAUCUCAAUGUGCUAGGUUAAUCAAUUUAACUGUCAAAAGUAUUUGAACUCGGCAAAUUUGUGAUCAAGACAUCAUAGGGUAAUGUUAGAUUAUCAGAUGGCUAUUGUAAUACAUGUACGACAUGUUGAAAAGUACUUUGAUAUGUAACUAUUUACACCAAUGCUCUUAAAGAGUCAGAAUGUGCCUCAAUAUGUAAUGUACAACAACUGCAAUGAAAUGCUUGGGUUCACAUCCAAAAUUGGAAUGUACAAUCUGUGCAAAAGCAACUCCUCAAAAGUUUCCAUUUAAAUUGACUGAAGAGACUUAACGUUUCAAAUGAGUUGUAAUUGUGAGUAAAAAUGAAAAAAAAUAAAAUUUUAUUGAAGUAUUAA